AUGCUGAAAAAAGCCUCUUUCGGGCUUUCUCGGAGCCGUGUUCUCAGCUCUCUCGUACGAACACAUCUGGUGGCCAAUAAAACAUCGGGUUACAUGGAAACAUGUGGAAGUACUAACUAUUUUGGUUCUGUCGUGAUGAAUGAAAUAUUUGGAGUAUUCCGAGGGACACCAUUCAAAUAUGGGCAUUCAUUUUCCAUGAGUAUGAAACAUUAUAACCCGGAAUUGACCUCACCUCCAACUAGUGGUAGCAAUAUUGUGGAUAUAUCUUCCUUGAACAUCAAUACAUAUUAUGAAUAUAUUCAAAAUAAUUAUAUUCAUUCCAAUGAUUUGGCUGAGCACUCUGGUGCUGUGAUGAAUGUUUUUGCAAAUACAUUAGCAGAAGUAGAAAAGAACCAAAAUUCGGUUUCUCCUGAAUUAAUUAGAAAAGCGUUUUAUGUCAGCAAGGAGAUUAUGAACCGAUUGAAAAACAUGCAUGAUCAACACUCUAAAUCAAUUAUUUCUCAAACUCACAUAUUCCUAUUUAAACUCUCAAUUUUAGGAAAUGCAGUAUCAAUAAUUGAAAAUCAAUACAAAAAUCUGAAACAAAUCAAAGGUGCUCUUCAUACUGCUUUAAAGGGACCAGAAAAUGAGAUUUAUGUUCUGAAAUUGUAUGAUAUAUGCUCAAAUAAUAGAACCCAACUGUAUAAUUUAGGAAUAUCCAUAUACAGAGACGUGCUGUCACACAGACCAACUGCUUUGUUUACGAAAGACCUAUUUGAGACGAUAUUUCAAUUUAUGGAAAAAGAAACCAUGUAUGAAGAUAUCAAACCAGUACUAGAACGACUCUACAACAGCAAAGUCUCUCCAACCCUGAAAAUGUACAGCAGUAUUUGUUCAAAUCUCUAUCAUAACAGAACUUCAAAGCUAAUUUAUCCAUUUCUCAAUCUUGUUAAGGAUACUUUCGGCAAAGAAUUGUUCGCACCUGAAGUUUGGGCACAAUAUUCCAGAAAUAUGUAUGCAUAUGCCUUUUCUCUUGAUGUGGAAACAUUACCGACUAGUUUAUUGCCAAAUCUUGCCACUCUCUUAGAGGAUACCAAAAUGGUUGACUCAUUGUUCUUUUAUGAACAUCCAAUGGUUUUUAAAAGCAUUGUACAGGCUAUGAAGAUAUUGAAUUAUGAUGACCUAUUGCCAUUUCUUUUUUCUAAGAUUUUACAAACCAGAAACUUGAACCAAACCUUUAUUAGAUUACUUUUGGAAUAUUUUGAUCAAGACUUAAACGUUUUCUCGAACAAAAUCAAAUUCGGCGUGCCAGAGCUUGAUGUAAAAUAUUUUGACAUUUUUGAAAUGGCUACCAAUCUUGUAAACAUGAGUGGAGUAACAGAAGUUGUUGAAAUUCAGAAUUACUUGUUGAAAUAUUGCUUGAUGAAAGGACGCUUUGACAAGGUAGACGCCAUUUAUUAUCAUAUUGAGAAACUAAACUCUGAAACUUUAGUUCUGAUGUUUAACAUUUAUGAGAAGACUGGAAAUUUUGUGGAUGCAAAUCUUUUAAUGAGAAGAGCCAGAACUGAAGAAUUCAUUUUCACAAAAGAAGUUGUUGCCGCAUAUUUUAAAGCCAUGAUAUCAGCAAAGAGAGAUUGUCUUGAUGAAUUUAUUUCAUUUACCCAAAACUAUACCUUUGUGAAAUUAGGAGAUCCAGUUUUUCAAUUUAUUUUCAAUGAGCUUAAUAAUAUCAAGAAGGGACUAGUGAAAGAAACAGAAAAUAAGAUUAAAUCUGUAUUGGAAGAUUAG